CCACAAUGCACCUCGCCAAGCAAAGAUGGAGGACCCCAGCAGCUGCCGGAGAAGAACAAUGUUUUGCCUCUAGACUUUUUGGGGGAAACGGAGCGCACAGAGCCAAGUAGUCCGGCCCGAGGAGCGGCGUGUGGUCAUGCAGCGGAUGACACAGAUCACCACGCUGUAAUCGUCCCGCCAUGAGCAUCAUCCAAGACAAGCUAGGCAACGACUUCCUGCGCUCCAACGGCGGCAUGGACUCCAACUUUGGCCCCGGCAUGAUCAUGUUCAGCCACCUGCCGCCGGUCGCUAGCUUCACCCGCCUGGUGCCUCAGGAGAUGAUCUUGAAGAAGGAGCGGGACUCACCCGACUGCAUCGCUGGCUCCCUGAACGGCAGCGUGGGAGACUACGUCCACGCUCUCGACAUUAAGCAGGAAAAGGUGUCGGAGCACGAUUACCGCCUGCCGCUCUACCCGGGAGGGUUGGGGAAGAGCACGGAGCUGCUGGAGCUGACGGUCAACAACAACCAGAACCUGCUAGUGCACGAGCUCAACAUGGCCAACCUGCCGGGUCAGUUGGGGAAGGAGCCCGCUGGGAGGAAAGGUCGGAGGUCAAACGGGGACGGCACGGAGGGCAGACCGAGGAAGAAGCGAAGCGAGAAGCAGUCCAUGCUGCUGGAUGCAGACGGAGGCAGCUUGUCGCCGGGAAGCAAACCUCACAUCUGCGAGCACUGCAGCGCCGCCUUCAGGAGCUCCUAUCACCUCCGCAGACACGUCCUCAUCCACACAGGUGAGCGACCCUUCAGGUGCAGCCAGUGUAACAUGAGCUUCAUCCAGAAGUACCUCCUCCAGCGCCACGAGAAGAUCCACAGCGGAGAGAAGCCGUUCAGCUGCGACCAGUGCAACAUGCGCUUCAUCCAGAAGUACCACAUGGAGAGACACAAGCGCACGCACAGCGGAGAGAAGCCGUACAGAUGUGAGACCUGCCAGCAGUAUUUUUCCAGGACAGACCGCCUGCUGAAACACAAGCGAACCUGUGGGGAAGCGCUAAGGAAGGGACUUGAUCCCAGCAUGGCGGACAUGUCCGGUUAUGAAGUCACUCAGGGACACGCUGGCAGAAAAAGGGGGCGCUCCAAAAACCCUGCAGAGGGAGGAGCCCGGAAGAAGAAAAAGGUGGACGGAGGAACGCCUCACGUAUCAGGAGCAUAUAGCAUCCAGGAAUACGCCGCUGACAACCAAACGGUGGCCUUGUCCACCGAGCCCGGUCCCAGCAUGCAACACCACGGUCGCUCUCCAAAGAUGGCGUUCAAGAAGGCCCACCGUAAAGGUGUGGACAAAGGCAGCAAGGAGGACCUGUUGGAGCAGGGCGUGGAUCACGGCCUGGGUCUGAUGCAGGCCAGCGCUGCAAAAGUAGGCGGGACCACCAGCAGUAACUAUGACGAUGCCAUGCAGUUUCUCAAGAAGCGGCGCUACCUAAACGCCUCGCACAACGUGACGACACCAGUGGGCGGUGGCGAAUACGACGUCAGCCUGGUGUCCUCACACCCGUCUGUCAUCCACGGCGCCGUGUCUGCCGUGAUGGACGGCGACGCCCCUCUCUGUCUGGACAAGUCCGUGAUUCCCGACGAGGUGCUGCAGAGCCUCCUGGACCACUACAGCCAGAAAGCAGAAGGCUCGCAUCACGACAUCCACUUUGAUAUCGGCGACCAGCACGUGGAGCUCCACCCCCCUGACACGCCCAGCCCGCCCGGGGACAAGAGCGUCCUGAUGAAUGAGUACUCUCGUUUCCUGCUUCAGGCCCUGGAGCGCACCAGCCACACUGGCGGCUUCCCCCUCGGGCCCAGCGGCCCCGCUUCCUCCGGCGCGUUCGUGGCGGCCCAGGCGGCGAGCGCACUCUACUCGGACAAGAACGUCUACGCUGCGUCCCCGCUGGAGUGCGGCUUCGGCCCCUCGUCGACGUCGCCCAAGUCGCACUUUGCCAUGCUGGCGAGCUCCUCGCCGCAGCACGUCUUCCACCUGAGUGGCCUGGACCAGCAGCUGACCCCCUCGCAGGAGCUGAGCGAGCAGAUGGAGAAGCAGCACUCCUCCACGCCGCCUUCCGCCUACCAGAUCAGCCCGUCAGACCUGAGCAGCCACAAGGACCGAGCCAAGACCGCCGCCUUCCCGCACACCUCCGCCAAGGAAGCCUAUCAGAUAGAAAACUUUGCGCAGGCUUUCGGCGCUCAGUUCAAGUCGGAAGAGCGCGGCCUGUCGUACGGCGCCGACUCCGGUGUGGACGUAGACCACCGGAUAAGGACGUCCGUGUCCGUGUCCGAGUUCUCAGGGUACAGCAGCUUGUUGUCCGACGUCAGCGAGCCGGCCAGCUCAGCUUCUAAAACGUCGACGAGCCAAAGCUUCAGAUGAGACCACGCUGUACUUCAAGGUAUUAUUUGUAUUUUUUUACUUCCUCUAAAUAUUGUUUAACUUAAGUGCUGGUCAAUCUAGUAUUAUUUCUAUGUUCAUCUUCCACCAGCUGAUCCACGCUAGACAAAUGUUGCCAUGGCACAAGAACUUUUCUGUGUUACAAAUAUUACUCAGGAAACAGGAAGUUGCUGACAUGCUGAACACUGAAAACACUUUUUUACUUGGCGAUAAAGAGAUUAUGGUACAAUGUGAAACUCCUCUUUUCUCUCAAUAAUAUAUAUUUGUAUUAUAUACAGAGGUCACAAGAGGAAGAAUGAGGGCCGGUUUUAAUAAGGGAGCUCAUGAAAUGUUCUGGGUAUUUCUUUUUAAAGAACUAAAGUGACUUUAGGGCUUUAUGGCCAAGAGGGGGCGCUGUUGGACAACACACUUACCUGCCCUGCUCUUCUACUCACCUGUGUUGGCGCCGCACUGCAGACAAAACAAGUUGCACUAUUACAGGGGAAAAGUUGAGUUGUCUUCUUAAAGGGAAAAAAAAUCGCUGCUAAAGAGAAUAAAGUUGUCAUUUUAGAACAUCUUUAUCAUGAAAUAUUUGUUAAACAUGCCAACAAAAUCAGAUUUCAGUAAUGUUUUAGACUGAUCAUAAUAUGGAAGCAUCUCUCAAUAUUGUACCAUGUCUUCUACUAGUAAUACCAACGUUUACUGUAAACUUGUCUUUUCAUAAUUAAAUAACUUUAUUCCCUAUUUUUUUAGGCUAAUUUUUCUCGCUAUGUUAUGACAUGAAUAAUAUCUCGUAGCAUACAGACUGUUUUUUCUUGUUAAAGUAGAGAUCAUAAUACAUUUGUAUUCUUUGAAUGCAUCGUAAAAACAGCAUUCUCUGCUUAUAGAACACUCACUCUGUUCUAAGAGCACAGCUUGUAGGUUCAAUGUUCACAAUUGAAAGGCUUAGUUGCUCAGACAGUAAUGUGUUUAUUAGGAAUGUCAAUCUGUGGGCAUCUCCUAAUUCCAUUCAUAAUUGAUUCUCUAACUAUUCUCCAUUCAAAAUCCAUACUUUUUUUAAUAACAUAGGGUGCCACUUCUAUGAUUAACUACAUUCCUCUAUAAAAUAAACAGCUGUGAUACAUUUCUAUAUUACUCAAAAUAAAACUGGUUUGUUUAAUUAAAUUCUGCCCAAACAUUUGAUAAAGUCAAAUAAGACAACAAGAGAAGUAUCUAACACUUCUCUUUUCUAAAGUAAAUACAUCCACCAGAUAUGAACAUCUACAUCAACAAUAUGAUUGGCUGGACAGAACACAUUGAAAAAUUAAUUAAAAAACAUCGAUUUUUGUGAUUCCUUUGAAAAUUGAUUUGACAGACACUCCUUGUGUUUAUAUAAGUUUAGAUUGAGGUACCGUAUUUUUCGGAGUAUAAGUCGCACCGGCCGAAAAUGCAUAAUAAAGAAGGAAAAAAACAUAUAUAAGUCGCAUUUUUGGGGAAAUUUAUUUGAUAAAACCCAACACCAAGACAUUUGAAAGGCAAUUUGAAAUAAAUAAAGAAUAGUGAACAGGCUGAAUAAGUGUACGUUAUAUGAGGCAUAAAUAACCAACUGGUAUGUUAACGUAACAUAUUAUGGUAAGAGUUAUUCAAAUAACUAUAACAUAUAGAACAUGCUAUACAAUCUGUCACUCCUAAUCGCUAAAUCCCAUGAAAUCUUAUACGUCUAGUCUCUUACGUGAAUGAGCUAAAUAAUAUUAUUUGAUGUUUUACGGUAAUGUGUUAAUAAUUUCACACAUAAGUCGCACCCCCGGCCAAACUAUGAAAAAAAACUGCGACUUAUAGUCCGAAAAAUACGGUAUGUCGAUUCUUAAUGGGGAAAGAUGUUAAUGUUGCUUGUUUUCAUGUUAGCAUUUAGUGAGCUAGCACCAGUCAGUCCGGAAAUUUAUCAAGGUAUCCAUCUCUUAAAUUCAAAACUUUAAAACUAGCAGACGAGUUAUACCGCAGUUAUCAUUAUUGCCGUUUAUCAGUACAUACCUAGACACCUUUUCUGCCUGUUUUCUACUUUAAUCUUGCAAUAUAACUGUCUCUUUAAUAAUUGGGACUUAAAUCACUAAAUGGUGCAACUUAUCACAUUUUGUCUUUGAAGUGAGGUACUAACACAUCUGUGGUCGAGCGCGUUUCAAAGCCUCCAAUUAGCACUUUGAGCUGUGUCCUUGCAUCAUGUCAAACUCAACGUCACAUAGUUUGUUUUUUUUUGUCGAUGUUUGAACACGAUGAUGGGAUUUGGGAGGGUAGAAAGUAGGUUUUAUCUUUGCUAUUUUCUCAUGGGGGGUGGGGGGUUAGUGGCCUUUAAAUGGAGUGGAUGUAAAAUGUCAUUGAGACCCCUUUAGUUGGACUUUAGCCCCGUUCCUAUUGAAUUUGAUGCAAAAGUGUUUGAAUUUGUACGCGUUUAGACUUUUUUUCCAAGGCGUCAUGAAGCAAAGUGUAGAAUUCAAAUUGGCUGCUUUCUUUGCCUGACACGUUUAGUCAAUGUUAGAUGUUUCUUUUCAAAAUGUAUUUAUGCCUUUUCAAGAAAAGAACAAAAAAAAAGGUGACACGCUGUCUUCCAUGAACGUGACUGUGCUGACUCCCCUGCUUGUGGCUGCUGAGCGGGUGGUCUGCCUCCUAUAUUAUAUACCUCAUAUCUCAGAGAUGCAAAGGCCUGAACGACUGAUGAGUUCUACAAAUGUCUUUGUGGGACUAUUUUUGUAACCACGUUUGAAGGCCAAUCAGUGUUCACGGUCCUCGUCUCUUAUUGUUUACAAGCCUUAGUAACACUACUUUGAAUGAUAUCAUACUGAACACUUUUACCUUGAUUCUUAUUGACAUGAUAUUACAACCGCCAAAUUUUGUAGCUGUUGAUUUGAGUCCAUACCUGUUCAAUGGAAUGACUUUAAAAGUGAUUAUGGAGGAAAUAAUAAAAAAAAGUGC